CCCAAACAGUCUGCAACUUCUGUGAAGUGUGGGCAAGAGCUUUGGUUUCUGCGUGUUCUUACGGUUGUGGGGACCACUCUCCCUGCUUGGCUGCACCCAUACAAGACACCAGUGGUGAUAGAGGCCUUUAUGAGAGGAUGAAGUAGGGUGAAAAAUGAUAAUUUUGCCAGCUAAUGAGUUGUAUUAAAACCACACAGGAUAAAACGGAGGUUUUAAUUUCUUCAAUAAUGUAUCAUAUAGACCACCUAAAGCUAGGAAGCAAAUGUCACAAACACUUUGAAAGAUAAAUGGCAGAAAUUAAACCUGCUUCAAGUGUGAGAAGUGACAAAGUGAAAUAAAACUACAAAGGUGAAAGAAAUUAAUGUGCUAAUUACGUAAUUGUGGGACUACAUAAGAAAUGCCUGUGAGAGGGGGAGUUUAUGCAGUUUGUGAAGACUUCAGUAUUGAUUUAGGCUGAAUUUACAGUGUGGUGACUGACUUCUGUUAAGCUGUAUACUCAUCAGAUGCUUUCUGUGAUCUUUAUCUGUGAAUCUGCUCAAGCAAUUCCUUCCUAAAUUCACUUUAGGAACCGCAUCUUGGUCCUUGUACUGCUUUAACUCCCAGAGAAAUAAUUAAAUAACAAGAGCGUAUAACCUACUGAAAACAUAAAAUGACUGAAUUCCUGGUUUGUUUUAACUGGUGCAAUGGUGAACAACCCCAGCCGAAGAGGCGUCGGAGACUGGACAGAAACAUGAUAGGAGAACCAAUGAACUUCGUCCACAACGCGCAUGUUGGGACAAGAGAGAUGAGUAGUGACUUCUCAUCAACUGCAUCAAUUCAGGACCACAUGAAGUCUAAAGGUGGUUACACAAAUGGCACUUCUGCAACUGCUGAGCUAUAGGAAACUGAAAGAAGUCUGACAUUUGCCCUGUCUUAAGAAGAUCUCCUGGACUGUGCUUUCAUAUUCUCUAAAGCCUCUUUAUCAUGAAGUAGAGAGAGUACUUGAAUUAUAAUAGGUCAGUGCGAGCUUUUGCGUUCUUUGCACAAUAGCUUCUGAAGGAGUUACUGGAAAUUAUCCUUAAAAACAGUCUGUUGUAGUAGCAACUGUAAUUUGUCACUGGAUGACUUCCUGGCUAUGUUCCAAAAACCUCAAAGUUAUCUUGUAGGAUGGGACUGGAAGUUGGCAUGAAUUGUCUGGGGUUUUGGUAUCUGUCUCUUCCCCUCAAGAAACCAGACUUUUCUGGUUUUUAAUUUUUAAUUGGAAGAUAACAUAUUUGUACUUCCUAUGUGGGCUAAAUUGAAUAUCUAAGUAGGAUCUUGUAGCCUAUAACAUAACUUUUGGAUGGCUUACAACUUAAGGCGUUAAUUUACUGAGCUAUACUUCAGUAUUUUUCUCCAUGACUUUCAAUAGCAAACAAACUCUAAUGUGAUGUAACCAGCUGAGUCUUCAGAACCCAGUGAAAUUUCUGCCUUGCUGUGAUAACACUUCUGUAGCUAAAAAGGCAGGUUUUGCAGACCUACCCACUCCCAAAUGAGGCUGAGGAAAAACAAGCGUUUCUCGCAGUUACUGGCCUGCCUCCCCUCUGUAUGUGCACUAGUAUAACUGACAGGUAUUAAUACAACAAAACUAAUGAUAUCAGGUAUCAGUUAAUUGAAGUGGUGCUACAGCAUGCUCACAACUUUAUGCUAAUUUUGCAUGAAUACUUUUGAAUUUUAAGCUAAAUACAUUUAAGAUCUCUGUAUUAGCGAUCUGUAACAAUAACUGCGCAGAACUGGAAGGGGUAUCUCUUGCUUCUGUCUCUUUAAUUUCAAAACCAUUUUCUUAGAUGAACUGAAAUCUUUCUUAUAUAUCGUUUUAAAUGAUAUGAGUUAAAUAAAGUAUGGUUUAAAUGAUAGAGCCAGAAGAAUAUUAAAUGGAAACUGUCUCUUAGAGUUCCGGCACUUCAUAAAUAUGGAUGUUUAGCCAUACCCAAACUACAGUUUAUCUCUUGUAUCACUUAAUAGAAAAACUAAUAAGAAGUGACAAAACUGCUGAAAUAGACGUUUUCCUUUUAUCACAUAACUGAACUGUCCUGACUUAAAAUUAUGAAUGACUGUCAGUGCAGAAACUUGUUAAGUUUGCAGUUGUGGGGUUAACUAAAUACAACUGUUUAAAUUACUGCCAAAUCAGCACCAGUUAUACCCAAAGUCAGUGCAACUCUCCCUUUUUUGUUCUAGGCGUAAGAUCCUCCAUUAAACUUUAUUCAUAAAAAAACAAGAAGCCAAAAGAUUUGCCAGCUAGAUUUUUGGAAGGCAGAUUUUUAACUUCUAUGAUUAUAUUUGUGGCUUAUGAUACUUUUUUAAACUGGCUUUGCUUAAGUCUUAGGCUGCCUAUUCUGAGUAUAUUAGGUAACUUAAAACAUGAAAGGUAGGUUUCUGUAUGCAUUAUAAAAAGAAAUAUUUUCCCAAUGCUUCCUUCCCAUAUUUCAUCUUUAAGGGCCAAAGAGGAAGAGAAUGCUACUUUCUGUAAUAGUCAACAGCUGAUCAUAGCAUUCAGCAACCACAUAAAAGAGUAAAAGAGAAAUCUAAUGUCCCACAUCUUUCUAAGUCCUUGCUUUUGAAUUAAAUACAUGCCAUAUUUAAUACCUUUUAAAAUUAGCACACUAACCAUAAACUUAGCUUUUUAAACACUUUCAUAUUUUUGUCUUCUAACUUCAGACUUAUUCCAGCAACCUGGUUAGGAUGCAGAGUUCAAAGAAGUUAAAUUCUGUAUACUGUUGAGGAAGCAUAAAGUGGCCAAAUUAUUCUUUAAAAAUACAUUCUAAUUCAUCUGCUAUUAAACUGAAUUAAUGUGUUCAUUAGUCCAUACCUGCCAAGAAAAAAAUAAAAAGAGGACAGCUGUGAUGAAGAAAAUGGGUUAUUUUUCUUAACACUACAAGAAAACAAGCUAGAGUCAGUAUUUCCUGAAGGCUCAUUCAGUGUAUUUAAGAACAGAGUGGUGUAUGCAUGACUACAAAUAAAGAAGUUGGGGAUUGUGAUAGUUCUUCUUGCUAUAAAUAAAUCAACAGAGAUCAUUUUGUUAUUCAGCUUAUUUGUAGAAAAAUCCUACUCCUGAUUCUGUAAUCCAAACAGCAUUACCUAGUGUAAAAAUGAUAUUCAUCAGACUAUACAGUAUUAUCUAGGACUACAUUAAAACUAACCAAGUAUAACCAUAAUAUUAAAGGAACAAAAACACGUUUUGCUAUUGCAUUGUGCAACUAUUUUUUAAAUGUAAACAAGCAUAAAAGGAUGUCUCAGGUAUUUUCUUUCUAUAACUAGAAGCCUUACUUAGCUCUUGUCUGUCAUGUAACUCAAUAUAAACCUAUCUAGCUUAUAAUAAAUCUGUUGAACAAGGCA